CCAAUCUCCUACUACCGAAUGAUGAGACUCUAGCAACCUAAUCAGAUGCUAUCUAUCUCAGAUUGCAGCAGGAAUCAGGAAAAGUUGAUCAGACUUCAAUUGACUCAAUAAACAUGCAUCAUUCGAUUAAAAUCAAACAGUAAUAUCAUCCCAAGUCAUUACAAUCAAUCCCUAACACAUAGAACUAGGGUUCUUCAUCCCCAAGUGAGAGAGAGGUUCUACUCCAUAGAGAGAGAGGAAAACAAGGUACAAAGCAGUCAUACUCAUUACAAUGGGAAGAAUCUGCUAUGGGAUGAUAAUUUCCACUCCUGUGACGAUCUCCAAGCUCGAUUUGAUGAAACCCAGCUCCAAGAUAGCUUCUAGGAUGUGUUCUUCGUCCUUUCUCUCUCUAGGGCUCUGUUUUUGCUCAAAAAGUCUGAUCUCCUCACUUGUGGCUCGAAAUUGGCUGAAAAACCAAGAUUUCCCGACUCACACGGGCAGACCACACGACCGUGUGGCUCACCCAGUUGCCCGUGUGAGUCAAAAUGCGGCGUAUCAAUUAGUUCGAUCUUCAGGCUUCCCACACGGCCAGGGUCGCACGGCCGCGUGGGAUUUCCAUCCUGCCCGUGUUUGCUCUCUGCGAAACUCGCACGGCCACUUUGCUCCUCCACACGGCCGUGUGAUGGUUAUGUGUGCCCGUGUGGCUUCCUCAUCGGCUUGCUUCGCGCCCGAUCUUCAUCCAAUCGACCCCAAACUCGCUCCCAAGCCUCCAUUCACGUACUAGGACCUGAAAUAUCACAAACAAGCACAACCUAGCGUGAAAUCGGCCUAAAACACGAGAAAUCACAUCUCAAAUGGUGUAAGAACAGGGAUAAAAACAUGUGUAAUUAACGGUCUAUCAACUAGAUAGUUAAAUGGAGUUGAUCAGUUCUCGUAUAAAUAUAAGCGGCGAGCUAGGUAUGGAUGACCGUAUUAUGUGAAAUUUCAUUUCGUUUACUUUUGUGGUAAAAGUUAGCAUUGACAAAAUUUUCUUUGUAACAAUGUUUCAAAUAAUCAUUUAUUAAAGCUCUUAAAUGGCUUCCAUAUCCAAAAAUUUUGACAAUUUGACAGCAAGUGCAACUGGGUUCAACAUUGGAGUGUGUCUCCAUUUCUACUUGCACUAUUGCAUCUCUGUCCACUCUAUAAUUCUUUAUCGCCUAACUCUUUCUGCUUUUGAAGAGUUAUGCUGUGACUGAAUAGGUUUAGAAAACACAAUUGUUCACAAUUGCAUGCAAAACUUAGAUUAGAGUAAUGAAUGUAAACGUUAAAGAAGACUUCUAUGAAAACAAUCUUACACAUUUGUUCGGCUAAAGAGUUAUAUUCAUUCACUCACGCACUCAUUUCCUUUAAAAAUUAUAAGAAAUUGAAAUUUAUAUGUAAAUGUUCCUAUCUUAAAUGUACCCAUACUUUAGUGUGUCUCCUAUAUUUGAAUUAGCUCUUUUGAGAAUUAUGAUUACCAUGAUGGUAAGUGCUACAUGGGUGGUAUAACUACGCUGGAUCGGAAAAUCGGAGGAUUCGACAAAGCAAGAAAACGAAAACAGAAAGCACACGACAAACGAUUUACGUGGUUCACUAACACAAUGUGUGUUAGAAACUCCACGGGCAGGAGAGAGCCAAUUUUCACUAUAUCAAGGAGAUUUCAGAUUAUAGAGGAGUAUGACUUCGAGUCGUACUGGCUGAUAUUCCGAUUCAAGUCACAUCAACAAUGAGAAUCAUUACAAUAUUGCUGAUUGAAUUUGAGAUACGUCGCUUCGACACCAAAUAGAAACCAUUAUAUUUUUUAGUUAACGACCGGUGAUAUUCUCCAAAUGUCCUCUCUCAUUCAAAUCAUUUAAUCACAAUGAAAAAUUUAUGUCAUGAUCAACAAAUAAGAUAAAAAUUGGUGGAGGAGGAGGGGAAUUCAUGGAUCCAUUGAACUUCAUAUUUUAUUGUGAGAAUUGAUUAUGUAUGGUCCAUUUGGCCACAUAUGAUAAAAUUGGAAAGCUUGUUAUGUAUGUAUCAUAGAAAGAAAAAAAAAACUCUCAUGUUGUCAAUUAUGUCACUAUUAGUUGUAUUUCUUUGUUAGUUAGAUUGUCUUUUUCAUGUUUCCCAUUAACUCUAGCCAUAUUUCAUUGGUUAAAUCAAUAUCAAAUCAAAAUUUAGAUGAACUUGAAGUGAAUCUUAUGACAUAAACAUAAAAAAAUAUAUUAAAAAAAUUACAUAAAUUCAAAUAAUCAAUUAAUUCAAUUAUAUUUUAAUUAUAAUUUAUGUGAUUAAUAAUUGUAAAUACUCCGAAGAAUGGCCGUUACAAAGCUAGUAUAUAUAAAUGAGUUAAUUGCAAGGUUGGUCACGAAGAUUACUAAAAAUAUUCACAUUUGGUCACUAGAAAUAUUUAAUUCCAUUCGUGGUCACUUAAAUUAGGUAGAUGCUUCAAGUUUGGUCACUCUCCGUCCAACUCCGUUAACUUUUGCUUAUGUGGCGGUCAACUCUAAAAGUUGAUCGUUAAAUGUGUGAUGUAGCAAUUAAAAAACAAUAAUAAACAGCUAGACACGCG